AUGCAUUUGGUGACUCGCAACUCUCAGGGGCCUCCGAUUCGCAACGUCGCCAUCGAGCUCCACCCGGCGCGCCCGCGCUGUCAACGAACACUUCGCGAGCGGAUCAGUCUCGUCGUUCAUUUUUGGAUCCAAUGCAUCAACCGCCCGACGACCGCAAUUGCUGCCUCCACGACCGAGCCUACUUCAACUUCCACGACGACCACCUCGGUACCAACCCUCACCACGGAUGAUUUGAAUCCCCGUGCCUCCUUGCCAUCGGCCACUAACGCCUCCACGACCUUUGACUCAACUACGACAACAACGUCGAACACAACCUCAUCUCUCAACAUCGCCGACAACCCAGACGCUCCUGACAGCGUGACGAUCGUCGGCAUAUUCACCAUUGCCACCUCACCUUCAGCGGUGUGA